AUGAAAAUUUCUAAAUUAUUCUGUUAAAAUAAUCACUUCUAGCUAUUUGACGACGAUUCCUAUAUUUAACAACAAAUAAUUGGAGUUUGCACAAGAAAAGAAUGUAAAGAGAAAUUAGUUUGUGUUUAAUGUCAAGAUACCUUACAUAAAGAUCAUUUAGGAAUGAUAUUAUCCUAUGAACAAUUAAAAGAUCAAGUUAGUCAUAAGUAUUCAGAUAUUUCAAUUACAUCUCUAAAUGUUAAUUUAUUACAAGAACAAUUUCUUUGCUUUCACAAAGAAUUAUUAGAUUCUAUUAGUAAAGUUGAAAAGCAAUUUACAGAAAAUAGCAUUCUCUAUCAAUAAUUAGAAUAAACUCACAAUAUUAUUAGACUCAUCCAAUCGGAUAGAUGUUAUGAGAUAACCAAUGAAUAGUUUCAAAUAUUCUUCUCAGUGAUACAGGACAAUGCAUAGGAUUCUUAAUAAUUUGAUUAUCUAAUCAAGCUAAUCAAAGGUAAAAUGGAAGCCUUCAUUGAGUGUUUAGAUUCUUUAAACUAAUCUAUUAACCAUUAACCUUAGCAAUAUAAUCCCUAAAAUGUGGUCAACCAACAUAUUAGUUUAAAAAAAAUCAAAUAGUUUUAUUUGCAAAAUCCAUUAGAUUAUACAAAAAUACCACAGGAGUUCAAUAUUUAAAAUUAUGGAUAAAUUAAAGAAUUCAAAAAUGAUAAUGAAAUCUAUCAUGGAGAAAUUGACGAAAAGGCACAAAAGCAUGGAAAAGGUAUAUUUAAACAUAUGAAAAAUUAGGAAUCUAAAUCUAGAAGAAGGGAGAUAUAAUAUACGAAGGCAUUUGGAUCGAUAACCAAUUAAGAUGGGGCUAAAAAACCCAAUUCAAUGAAUUAUAAGAAUGCAGCAUUUUAAUGGGGUAUAUGAGAGAUAAAAAAUUGAAUGGGCAGGGAAUUAAGAUUACUUCUUCUGGAGACCUGUAUUUAUAACUGGUUAUAUAGAUAUAAAGGAUAAUUUAUUGAUGAUAAACUAAAUUAGGAAGGCUAUUAAGAGACGAGCAACGGAGAAAUGUAUAUAUAUCUGUGUUUAAAGUAGAUACAAGGGGAGUUUCAAGGAUAACAAGAGACAUGGACAGGGAGAAUUGGAAAAUGCGGAUGGAGAAUUGUACAUUUCAAUUUUUAUUAUUAGUUAUAUUGGAGCUUUCAAAAAUGGCAAAAAGAAUGGGGAGGGGUACCUGAAUCUAAAAAAUGGAGACAAGUAUUGAAAUAUAUUCACCUCAGCUAUUCAGGGUGUUUCUAAGAUGAUAAAUUUCAUGGGAAAGGUGAGUAUACUGUUAAAAAAGACAAUUCAAAGUUUAAAGGGCCUUUUUAGAAUAACAAAAAGGAAGGAAAUUUUGAAAUAAUAUAUAAUGAUAAAUCAUUGUAUUCAUUUAUAAUAAUUUAAGGGAAACUGGAACAUUUUAGAAUGAUAUUAGACAUGGAUAAUUUAGAUAUUAUCCUCCUAAUUAAUAGACACCAUCGAAAGUAGUUUAAUAUAACAAUGGUAAAGUUUGUAAAUGA